AUGCCUGCAAGAACAAGACUGGAUUUUUGUGCUGUCAGGAUGAAGAGCGACAAGCAGCCAGACAGCUCGGCCGACGGCAGCCCCUUGACCUGGCGCUACACGCAGCGGUCGCUGCUCAGAACCAACAUCCGCCUGCUGUGGGCGCUGGGCGUGUGGCCGCUGCCCGGCUCCUGGCGGUUUUCGCUCCUCAAGGUGUGGCUGGCAGCGCUGGCCGUCGGCAACGCCAUCGAGAACGUGCUGGGCGUCUGGAAGAACUGGGGAGACCUCACCGAGGUCACCUACUCGCUGCUGAACGCGUUCACGAUAGGCGCCGGCGUGGCCAAGGCGUGCCACCUGAUGCUGCACGAGGAGCGUUACUGUCUGCUGGUGCGGCGCGUGGACCGGCUGGCGCUCUCGCAGGGCGGCUACUGCGACGCCGACGCCGGCAUGCUGGCGGUGGCGGUCGGCUGCCGCAGUACGGCGCGCCGAGUCACGCUGGCCGCCUUCGCCUAUCUCACGGUGCUCUGUCUCAUCUGGAUGUUCAUGCCGCUGGUGGCGCACCCCGGCGAGCGCCAGCUGCCGUUCAACCACAUCCCCUGGGAGCCGCAGAGCAUGCCGCUCUUCUACGAGCUCUCGUACGCCGUCCAGAGCGCGUCGUCCGUAAUAUACGUCUUCAUCAGUUUCGCCUUCGACUGUUUCUUUGCUGUCGUAAUGAUACUCGUCACCGAGCAGCUUAUGGUCUUAAACUUGCGCAUCAAGCAGCUGUACGCUCCUACCACUGGAGAUGGACCAAUCCAGAAAGAAAAGCAGCUUCCAGACAAAACAAUAACAGACAGGCAUGAAGUAAGGUACAAGCAACUCUGCCUUUGUAUUGAUACUCAUGAAGAUAUUAUCAGGUAUGUAUGA